UUCAAGUUGUGUCAUGGCGGCUCCCAGGCUUCAAGCCGGUGAGUGGAACGGGGAUGUUGAGUUUUUUGUACGCUCGGCAGUCGGGUUUGGAGGACCCUCUUCGCUUGCGUAGAGCGCAGUCCACACGGAGGGUCCUGGCACUGGAGCUGAACAAAGACAGAGAUGUUGAGAGAAUCCACUGCAGUGGAGUUAACACCCUUGACGUUGAGCCUGUGGAAGGGAGAUACAUGCUGUCGGGUGGCUCAGAUGGUGUGAUUGCACUCUAUGACCUUGAGAACGGCAGCAGACAGCCCUAUUACACGUGUAAAGCAGUGUGUACCGUUGGCAGAAGCCAUCCCGACGUUCACAAAUACAGCGUGGAAACAGUUCAGUGGUAUCCCCAUGAUACAGGCAUAUUCACAUCCAGCUCAUUUGAUAAAACUCUGAAAGUGUGGGAUACAAAUACAUUGCAGGCUGCAGAUGUGUAUAAUUUUGAGGAAACAGUUUAUAGUCAUCAUAUGUCACCAGCAGCCACCAAGCACUGUCUGGUAGCGGUUGGUACUAGAGGACCCAAGGUACAACUUUGUGACUUAAAGUCUGGAUCCUGUUCUCACAUUCUACAGGGUCACAGACAGGAAAUAUUGGCAGUUUCCUGGUCACCACGCCAUGACUAUAUCUUGGCAACAGCCAGUGCUGACAGUAGAGUAAAAUUAUGGGAUGUGAGAAGAGCAUCAGGAUGUUUGCUCACUCUUGAUCAGCAUAAUGGGAAGAAGUCACAAGCUGCUGAAUCAGCCAACACUGCUCACAAUGGGAAAGUUAAUGGCUUAUGUUUUACAAGUGAUGGACUUCACCUGCUCACUGUUGGCACAGAUAACCGAAUGAGGCUCUGGAAUAGCUCCAAUGGGAAGAACACACUGGUGAACUAUGGCAAAGUUUGUAAUGACAGUAGGAAAGGACUGAAAUUCACCGUCUCCUGUGGCUGCAGCUCAGAAUUUGUUUUUGUUCCAUAUGGGAGCACCAUUGCUGUUUAUGCAGUUUACUCAGGAGAGCAGCUAACUCUGCUUAAGGGCCAUUAUAAAAGUGUCGACUGCUGUGUGUUCCAGCCUCACUUCCAGGAACUGUACAGCGGCAGCAGAGACUGCAAUAUUCUUGCUUGGGUCCCAUCUUCAUAUGAACCGGUUCCUGACGACGACGAUGAAGCUAAAACUAAAUCUCAGUUGAAUCCAGCAUUUGAGGAUGCCUGGAGCAGCAGUGAUGAGGAAGGGUGACUGUCAGCCAGUCUUUGCUCCUUGUCCAUGGGACGUCUACAUCAGCGGUGUUCCUGGGGACUUCGGCUUGGGGCUGUCCUUUUGGUUAUUGUUGGUUUUGAGACAAGGUCUCACUGCACAGCCCUGGCUAGCCUAGAACCAGACUAGGCUCAAAAUUUCAGCCAUUCUCCUGCCUCUGCUUCCCAAGUGGUGGGAUGAUAAGUGUGUGUG